AAAGUCAACAACGUCAAAGUGACAGAAUGAGUAACACUUUUAAUCAGAUGUAAUUUGUUGAUUUUCAAUUAUUUAUUUAAUUGUUAAUAUCUCGAACAAUUUUAAAAUUAUUUAAUCUAAAAAAAAGUGUAUUGUUUAAUUUAAAAUAAUGAGAAAAAAAAGGAUGCAAUUAUUGAUUUGAUAAAUAUACACCUAGACUAAAAAACAACGAGGUUAUAAAAACAUCAAAACAUUGUCUAGGGUAUAUUAAUAAUACAAUAAUAAUUAAAUAAAUUUUUUAAUGUUAUUAUUAAUUAAAUAAAUAAAUAAUUAUGACGUCGAUAUUUGAUCAGUAUGAAAGUGCAUCACAACGCUCAAAACCAUCAGGAUCAGAGCCUAUGAAACCUGACAUUAGUACAACAGGUUUUAUACAAAUGAAAUUAAAAGAUGAAGUGCCAAUAUUUACAAGACAAAAAGUUAAUUUUAAUCCAUCAGAUAAUAUUAUUAAUUUUGCUGUUAGCAAUAAUAUAAUAAUAAUUGCAAUGGCUAAUAAUAUUAUUUUACGUAUUGAUGUUAAAAGUGGAAAUAAAAUUGAUGAAAUUGAUUUAUCAAAAUAUCUUGUUAAUAUGAAAAUAAAUGGUUUAUUUUUGGAUCCACUUGGUAAUCAUUUGUUAAUUGCAUUGUUAUCAAAAAAUGGUGAUAAUCCACCAGCUGAUUUAAUUUAUAUACAUAAAACAUCAACAAAAAUUAAACAGGCUGGUAAAUUUAGAGGACAUGAAAUAACAGCUGUUGGAUGGAAUUUAAAUAAUAUAUCUGAUACAACAUCUGGACCAAUAUUACUUGGAACAUCUAGGGGUCUUAUUUUUGAAACUGAAAUUGGUCUUGAUGGUGAUAAAAUAUUUAAUACAAGUUUAGAACAAUAUUUUAAACAGCUUCCUAAUUAUUUACCAAUUUACGGCAAUAAGGAAUUAGAAGGAUUGGUUUUUGAUAUUGGUGAAGAUAGCAAGCCACCAAUUACUGGUAUAUCAUUUCACAAAGUUCCAAAUACAGAAAAAUAUAUAAUUAUUAUUACAACACUCAUUAGAAUUUAUCAGUAUAUUGGUGUUGUUACAAAUCCUCAAGAAAAACCACUUCUUCAACAAAUAUUUAGCAAAUAUCUAAAUGUUCAAGAACGUUUUAAUCAACUUGAGAGUUCUUUGCCUUAUUCCCGAAUGCAAUUUUACUUUCCUGCAUCAAGAAGUAUGCCUCAAUCAUUUGGCUGGUUAACUGAAACUGGAAUACUCUAUUCAGAAGUUGAUCCUAGAGAAUCAGACAAUGUUUUGGUCAAACAAGAAAUGCUUUGUUGUCCUGAAACAAGCUUGAGCAAUACAACAAUUUCACAUAAAACAAUUGUACCAAUUAAUUUUGUUUUAACAAAAUUUCAUGCACUUUUACUUUAUGCUGAUCAUGUCAAAGGAAUUUCUUUGUUAAAUCAAGAGUUAAUAUUUGAAGAUGUUUAUAAUGAUACAUUUGGAAAAUUAAUAAACAUAACAAAAGAUCAUAUGACUGGUGGUGUUUGGGCACAUACUGAACGUGCAUUAUUUAAGUACAAAGUAUCUAAUGAAGAAAGAAAUGUUUGGCAGAUUUAUAUGGAAAAAGGAGAAUUUGGUUUUGCAAAAUUAUAUUGUAAAGGUAAUCCAGCACAUAUUGAUCAGGUUCUUGUUAAAGAAGCUGAGAUGCUUUUCCAAAAUAAAGAGUAUGAAAAGAGUGCAUUGACAUAUGCAGAUACACAUUCAUCUUUUGAAGAAAUAUCAUUGAAAUUUCUCCAAGAAUUUAAAAUUGAAGCGUUAAAAACAUUUUUAAAAAAGAAAUUGGAAGGUCUAAAACCUCAAGAUAAAACUCAGAUAACAAUGAUUGUCGUGUGGGUUGUUGAACUUUUUAUGAAUCAAAUGGGUAAUUAUAUUGGCAAGGGUAUAUCACAUUUACAAAAUCAACAAUAUAUUGAAUUACAAAAACAAUUUGAUAGUUUUAUGGCUAUACCAAAAGUUGAAGAAUGUAUUAAAAACAAUUUAACAACAAUAUAUAAUAUAAUGUCAAGUCAUGGAAAUAAAGAUAAUUUAAUACGUUUAACAAUAAUGCAUCGUAAUUAUGAAGAAGUUAUACGACAACAUUUAUAUAAAAAUAAUUAUUUAGAAGCACUUGAAGUAUUAAAAAAACAGGGAAAUAAAAAUUUAUUUUAUCAAUUUACUGGUACAUUACUACAAGAAUUACCAAAGCCAACAGUUGAUGCACUUAUUUCACAAGGUUCAAAUCUACUACCAUCAAGAUUAUUACCAGCUCUUGUAUCAUGUGAUAGUGAUGAAAAACAUGCAAAAGAAGUUAUAACAUAUCUUGAAUUUUGUGUUUAUCAACAAGGCUGUACUGAUCAAGCAAUACAUAAUUUUUUAUUAUCACUUUAUGUUAAAUUUAAACGUAAUGAUGUUAUGCGUUAUAUUGGAUCACAAGAUCAAGAUAUUACAAUGGUACAUUAUGAUGUACAUUAUGCAUUAAGAUUAUGUCAAGAAUCUGGAUUAACAGAAGCUUGUGUACAAUUAUCAGCAUUAUUAGGUCUUUGGACAACAGCUGUUGAUCUUGCAUUAACAAUUAAUGUUGAAUUAGCUAAACAAAUUGUUGCUAUGCCAUCACACAAUGAUAAUGAAUUGAAAAAAAAAUUAUGGCUUAAAAUUGCUGAACAUGUUGUACGUGAACGUGAUGAUAUUCAACAAGCAAUGGAAUUUUUACAACAAUGUGAUUUAGUACGAAUUGAAGAUAUUUUACCAUUUUUUUCUGAUUUUGUUACAAUUGAUCAUUUUAAAGAUGCAAUAUGUAAUUCACUCCAGGAAUAUAAUCAACAUAUCCAAGAUCUUAAAGAAGAAAUGCAAGAAGCAACAAAAUCUGCUGAAAUAAUUAGAAAAGAUAUUCAAUCAUUUCGAACAAGAUGUACAUUUGUUCAUAUCACAGACUCAUGUAAUUUAUGUAAAGUGCAAUUAUUACUACGACCAUUUUAUGUAUUUCCAUGUGGACAUAGAUUUCACAGUGAUUGUUUAAUAUCAUCAUUGACACCAAUGCUAUCAUAUGAAUGUCAAAAUAAAUUAACAGAUCUUCAACGACAAUUGACAUCUUUAUCAAAUAAAAAAGAUGAUACAAUAUCAAUUGGUUCAGUAUCAUUAUCAACAAAAGAACAAAUUAAAGCUGAUAUUGAUGAUCUCAUUGCAUCAGAUUGUUUAUACUGUGGUGAUUUUAUGAUUGAAUCUAUUGACAAGCCAUUUAUUGAUGAAGAAAAUUACGACAAGGUAAUGGCCGAAUGGGCAUAAAUUAUAUAUAUUUUUUGUUAAUAAUUAUUUCAUCACAAAUAGUUAUUGUAAAUUUUUUUUUUCAAUUAUUAUUUACUAUAUAAAAUUUAAUAUAAUAUAAUGAAGAAAAAAAAAUAGUAUUUAAAUAUUUUCUUCAGCUUUUUUAUCACGUUUACUUACUGAACAAUUACCAGCAAUAUAGAAACGUAAAUUUUUACUAGCCCACUCUGUUCCAACACUGUCAAUACCAAUUCUUGGGCAUUUAAUAAUUUUAUAAUUUUCAAUGAUCGGUGGAUUUUCAAUCCACAUACCUUUCCAUGAACACAGUGAAUAUUUUGUAUGUUUUUUUUGGAUAUCAAAUGCCAUACAAAGUUUUGCUGGACCAUUUGUUAAUUCAUGAAUUUUUAAUGGCUUUGAAUUUGUAGUUAUUUUUUUUUUCGAUUGACGAUUUAAUGUUAUUUUUUCUAUACCUUCAAGUGGCUCAAUUGCUCGAAGAAAUACUGAUGAACCUUUGCCUGUAAUAAAUUGUCAGAUUAAAGUUAAUUCAUUUAAUUUAUUUUGUUUUCGAAAUACCUUUGCUGGAAAUGUUGAAACAAUGAUACAUUCCAUAUGUGAGAUAAACAAAUAUUGUUCCGGGUGGCAUGUACAUUGGAAUAUUACGUGGUGUUACACGAUUUUGAUAAGUCAUUGAAGCUUUGUCAAUUUCACCCAAGUAACUUUCAGUUUCAACAAUUCUACCUUUGAGAAUUGUUCCAUCAUCCAAGUGACGAACAAGAAUUUUUCCUUGAAAUUAUAUCACAAAUUUUAUUACAGUUAAAAAUAUUUUAAAUUAAAAUAUUUACCAAGAAGAUUGACAGCUAGUUUUUCACAAUCGGUAUCAUAAAAAUCAUAAUUUAAUCUUUUUAAACAAAGCUGUUUUUCAAUGUUAGUUAAUGGAGGAUCUUCUAAUUGCUGCAAUUCAUCUUUCAUUGAUUCCAAAUCUACUGGAGUUUUUAAUAAUUUUUUUUUCGUGUCCUUGAGAUUUUGAUUGUUAUCCGAUGUUUUUUGGCGAGAAAUUUUUGGAUCGUGUCCAUCUUUUUUUAUCAAAUGGCCUUCACUUACAGGAAACUAAGUUUUUAUUUAAUUAUUUAUGUUUAUACGAACGUAAUAAAAAGAAAACUAUUUUAUAAAACACACAAACCUUGAGUUUAUCCGAUUUUAUUGUUUCUUUUUUUUCCACAUAACCUUCAUCAUUUCGUUUACGAAGAUUCAUUUUUUUCAUUUAAUUUAUUUUAAUAUUAAUCUGAAAUUUUAAUAUUAUUAAUAAUCAAAUUUUAUUUUUUAUAUUUAACCAAGUUUUUAUAAUAUUUAUGAUACAAUUAUUUAUUUUCCAUGUAAAAAAGAAAAUUAUUAAAAUUUACUGGCAAAUUAUCGUGAAAAUAUUUCAAUAUUAUUAUGACUACAACAGCUGAUAGCAUUUCUUUAGUAUAAAUACAAUAUUUUCCAUCGAAAAAAUAUAAAAGUCAUAGAUUAUUUUUAUUUACAUUAGAAGAAUAAAAUUAAAAUAGAAAAAAUUUUAUUAUAACUUAUUAAAAUCAACAUUUAAAUAAAUAAAUCAAAGUACAUUUAAAUUAUUCAAUGAUAAGCAUGUAUAAAUUAUAAAUUCAAACUUAAAUUCUUAAAGUUUAUAUUUUUAACUAUAUCUAAAGUUAUAAAAAAUUUGUAUUAAAUAUUAAUUAGCAAAUGGUGUAUUGCCCUCAAGCGACGCUAUUUCGAUUCUCUAGCUUGGCAACAGGCUUGAAAUCGAAAAAAAAAAAAGACACAUUAAAAUGCUUCUGACUGCACAG